AUUGGUUGCAUAUCAAUCCAUUUCCUAACAUGAUGAUCACCCUAGAACUUUAAAUAUGCAUCCAAAAUGUCAUGUGCUAAACCAAAGAAAGUUCUCUCACAAGUAUUUCUAGCAAGCUUCUUUGAUUGCUAAUUUCUCUAAGCAGAUAUGAGUUCUUCACCUCCGAUCCCACCAGAUACAGUAAUUACUGUAUCACCAGGACCAGCCCCAAAAGACCCCUGUUUGGAUAGAUGCGUUGUAAUAGGAUUUUUAAGCAUUAUAUUCCUGGCUUUUGCAAUUGUUAUAACUGUGGCACUAGUUUUCUUUACUGAUGCCAAAGAUCCCCAGUUUCAAGUUGACUCCAUCAUGGUUUCUCCUCUCAACUUAUCCAGCAAUGUUGAUGGAACAAGAUCACAUUGGAGCAUUGGAAUCCUGAGCCAAGAACAAGACCAAAAUUCUUGUUCAGACAGAAGCAGCAUUGUUGGAUGGAGUUGAUAGAGAGGGAGGAGUUGUCGGUUUCGAUUUGAAGCUCCUGGUGAACUCAAUCUACUUAAUCAGCCAAAAUAGACGACAAUAUUCUUGGUUCGAUGUUCUUUGCAGCAAUUUGAUGUUUGAAUUCUCUUCGCAUGCACCCAAUGGAACAAUGGUGGGAGGAGCAAAGCAGUGUUCCAUCAAUUGAGGCUAAUGCUAGCUCGAGAUUUUUCUGGUCAUCCAUGGAACAAGCCAAAUUAAAUUUCUUGAGGAGCUUUGAUUAUUUGAAGUCAGUAGAUUUUUUUUUUUUAGGGUAGUUUGCUCAAUGUCUUGGUAACAAACUUAUCAAUUUCUCAUGCUUAUUUAAAAAAAAAAAAUUGUUAAAAGUCAUCUGGAUGUAGCCAAAUUCUGUCUUUUGACAUAUAUCUAAACACGCUAAUGUACACACUGAUAAUGCCUGCGAAAAUUUGGGUGUAUCAGUUUUAG